AGGUCCCUCUGAGGUCCACCCAUCCGGAGCUUCUAUCAACGACCACAUCGAAACCACCUGCGACGCCACCCGGCCAACCUCACCCAUUCUACGGCCAUGGAGACUCUGCGGUCUCUGUCCUCCCUCGGGCGACUUUCCUCGCGCCGAAUUCCCGCAAGACGAACACAUCUGCCCAUCGUGCAAUGUCUGCAUACAUCACCGCCACGUCCUGCCAACCCGCUCCCACAUCCCGUAGUCUCCGGUGCUCCCCCGGACCCUCCAGUCUCAGACGUAGACGAGCGAGUAGCGCGGAAAAAGCGGCAGGUUGAGCUGCUCAAGAGGGCUCAGGAGCUCCGGGCGAGUCCUUCCAAGUCGAAGGGCGGUCUGCUGAAGCGGUUCUGGAAGGAUGUCAGUGUGAAAGAGACCCCAGAUGGCCAUCAGGUUUUCCUCGAUACCCGGCCUGUGCGGACACCCACGAAAGAUAUCCUCACCGUUCCCCACGGCAAACACCACCUCGCCGCCGCCAUAGCCCUCGAAUGGGACCUGCUGGUGAGCAUACAGCAAGCGCUCAAGACACACAACAUCCCGAUGACGUCUCUGGCAUCACGUGCUUUGGACAUACAGGCGGCGGAUGCUGACGAAAAGAGCUCGGUGAGGAAUGACAUUGUCAAGAUGAUGAUGCGCUAUCUCGCCACCGACACGCUGCUGUGCUGGGCGCCGGAGAAGAACAUUCACGACGCGCCCCAACUGGAGGAGCGGGCGGGCACAGAAACGCUGCGCAAACUGCAAAUCCGGGUAGCCAAGCCCAUCAUUGCGCAUCUCACGACAAAAGUAUGGCCGGGCGUGGAGAUCACGCCAAUUACCCAGGAGGACAGCAUUCUGCCCCUCCCGCAGCCUGACAUGACCAAGGAUGUCAUUCGCGGGUGGCUGUCCGGACUGCCAGCGUACGAGCUGGCCGGUCUCGAGCGCGCCGUCCUGGCUAGCAAGAGUCUGCUCGUCGGAGUGCGGCUACUUGUCGAGUGGAGCGAACAUCUGAGCCAUCUACGGGAUGAGGCUGCUGGAGAUCGCUUCGGCAUUGAGGAAGCGGCCGAAGCAGCGAGUCUGGAGGUUCGCUGGCAGACAGGCAUGUGGGGGGAAGUCGAGGACACUCACGACGUCGAGAAGGAGGACAUGCGCAGACAGCUCGGAAGCGUCAUCCUGCUUGUCAGCGGGGACAGUCGGCAGUAGAGCUCGACUCGACGUAUGACGGCAUGAAAAAAUGCCAAGAUGUAAAAAAAUGUAAUAUACAGAACUACCCAUGCCAACUGAGGGGCUCCGUGACGG